AUGGCUUCCCAAAUCUCUGUUUGCGCUAGUGCCAUGCUUCCAUUUUCUGCUGUGAAACUCCCAGCAGCCAAGUCGAAUUAUCCUUCCAACCUAUCCCUUCAAUCAUCCUUUCACUCCUUGAGAGGUACCCGUCCUGUUGGAAUCAUCAAAGCACAGCAUGAUAAGAACUCUGAGAGUGGAUUUCAGCCCAUUCAUUCACAAGCUUCACAAGACAGCGUGCUUUCUGAUGAGGCUGUGAAGAAUGAUGGAUUUGCUGAAUCUUUUCACCAGGUUAUGGUGACGAACAAGAUUAGAGCGCAGAUAAAUGAGGUGAAGAGGAUGCUGAGGUCCAUGGAAGAUGGAGAGAUAAGCAUAUCAGCUUAUGACACAGCCUGGGUUGCCCUGGUGAAAAACGUUGAUGAUGAAAAUAAGCCACAAUUCCCAUCUUCUCUUCAAUGGAUUGUGGACAAUCAACUUGCUGAUGGCUCAUGGGGUGAUGAGUUAUUUGUGGCCCAUGACAGGAUUCUGAACACCUUGGCAUGUGUCAUUGCCUUAAAAUCAUGGAACGUGCACCCUGAGAUGUGUGACAAAGGAAUGAAGUUUUUUGUGGAAAAUCUGAACAAAAUUCAAGAUGAGAAUGCUGAGCACAUGCCCAUUGGGUUUGAAGUUGCUUUUCCUUCUCUUCUCAAUAUUGCUAAAAGUUUGAAUAUUGAAGUGCCUGAAGAUUCUCCAAUCUUGAAGGAAAUAUUUUCUAUGAGAGACCAAAAGCUCAAAAAAAUACCAAGAGAUGUGUUGCACAAGGUUCCAACCACAUUGCUUCAUAGUUUGGAAGGAAUGCAGGACUUGGAUUGGAACCAACUUCUACAGCUUCAAUCUCAAGAUGGAUCGUUCUUGUUCUCUCCAUCCUCCACAGCUUUUGCUAUUAUGCAAACGGGUGACAAAAAUGCUCUCAACUACCUACAGAAAAUUGUUGAGAAGUUCAAUGGAGGAGUUCCAAAUGUCUUCCCGGUGGACUUGUUUGAGCACAUAUGGGCUGUGGAUCGGCUAGAACGCCUUGGAGUUUCGAGAUAUUUUAAACAAGAGAUUAAGGACUCUAUGAACUAUUUGGCAAGAUACUGGACGGAGAAAGGUAUUUGUUGGGCGAGAAAUUCAGAAGUUCAAGAUAUUGAUGACACGGCAAUGGGAUUUAGACUUCUCAGGUUGCAUGGUCAUCAAGUUUCGCCUGAUGUGUUCAAGCAUUUUGAGAAAGAUGGUGAAUUCUUCUGUUUUGCGGGACAGGUGAACCAAGCCGUGACAGGCAUGUUCAAUCUGUAUAGAGCUUCUCAAGUGAUGUUUAAAGAUGAGGAAAUUCUUGAGAAUGCCAGGAGCUUCUCUGGCAGUUAUUUAACGAAGAAACGUUUUGCAAAACAGCUUUUCGAUAAAUGGAUCAUAACUAAAGAUUUACCUCGCGAGGUUGGUUAUGCUCUGGAUGUGCCGUGGUAUGCUAGUCUACCCCGAGUAGAGGCAAGAUUGUACCUUGAGCACUACGGUGGUAAGAAUGAUGUUUGGAUUGGCAAGACCCUUUACAGGAUGCCGUACGUGAAUAAUGAUGUUUAUCUGGAACUUGCGAAAUUGGAUUAUAAUAAGUGUCAAGAAGUGCAUAAGAAAGAGUGGGAAGAAAUCCAAAGGUGGUACCUGGAAUGCGAACUAGAAGGGUUUGGAGUGGACAAAGAUAGACUCCAAUACGCUUAUUUUGUCGCAGCAGCCAGCAUAUUUGAGCCUGAGAGGUCUUUAGAGAGACUUGCAUGGGCUAAAACAAAAAUUUUGAUCCGGAUAAUGAAGGCGAAAUGUAAAGUUAUAGAAACUACAGAUGAAUUUGGAAAUCAGAUAAACGAAAUCAACAACUUGAAUAAGUGGUUAAAGGACAGGUUAGAUGAAAAACUCAUGGGAGUUUGGCAGACAACCCUUGAUCUCAUUGGCUUCCAAAUGUUUAAGCGCCAUGACCAAGAAAAUUCACAUUAUUUGACUCGAAUGUGGCAAAGUUGGUUCGCAAGCAAGCAUAGUAAAGGACUCAAAUCCCCAGGAGAUGCCGAACUAAUUGUGCAAACAAUAAUUUUAACCUCUGGCAAUUGGUCAGAAGAUCUAGAGCUUGAUCCUCGGUACCAAAAAUUGCUUGACGUCACUAGGAGAGUUUGCCUGAGCAUCUAUAAUUUCGAAUACAACUGGGUACAGGUUGGCAGCGAUUGCAAGGAAGUAGAGGCAGGGAUGCAAGAACUGGUGCAAUUGGUGGUUCAAAGUUCUCCAAAUGAUCUGCCUUCAAGUAUCAAGAAUACAUUCCUCAUGGUGGCCAAGAGUUUCUACUAUACAGCUUACUGUGAUCAUGGGACCAUUUCCUAUCAUAUUUAUAAAGUUCUCUUUCAAAAAGUGAUCUGA